CGCCAGGCAGCGGCGGGGUCGGGCGGUACCAGCCCGCCGCUGCUAGCCCUCGCCGCUGUCGCUCCCGGCGGGCGAGUAAGUCCGCGAGCGGCCGCGGCGGCGGAGGAGCCGCCGGGCAGGAGGGGCUGAAGGUUUUGGAACGGAUGUUGGAAGAUGUUAGCUGUGGAUACUGGGGUUGUGGAGGAGUGGUUAUCAGAGUUCAAGACACUGCCAGAAGCAUCCAUAUCCAGCUAUGCUACAAACUUGAAAGACAAGAGUGCUUUGAUUUCAUCUCUUUACAAAGUAAUUCAGGAGCCACAGAGUGAACUUCUGGAGCCAGUUUGCCAUCAGCUCUUUGAGUUCUAUCGCAGUGGUGAGGAACAAUUGCUACGAUUUACGCUGCAGUUUCUACCGGAAUUGAUGUGGUGCUAUCUUGCUGUCUCAGCCAGCAGAGAUUUGCAGAGCAGUGGGUGCAUAGAGGCUCUUCUCCUAGGAGUUUAUAACUUGGAGAUAGUUGACAAAGAGGGACAUAGCAAAGUGCUGAGUUUCACAAUUCCAUCUUUGUCCAAACCUUCAGUCUAUCAUGAACCUUCCAGCAUUGGCUCCAUGGCCCUCACUGAAGGAGCUUUAUCGCAGCAUGGUUUGUCCCGGGUUGUAUACAGUGGACCUCAUCCUCAGAGGGAGAUGUUAACAGCACAGAACAGGUUUGAAGUGCUGACUUUCCUUCUGCUCUGUUACAAUGCUGCCUUGAGCUACAUGCCUGCAGUUUCUCUUCAGUCAUUGUGUCAAAUUUGUUCAAGAAUUUGUGUCUGUGGAUAUCCUCGCCAACAAGUGAGAAAGUACAAGGGAGUCAACAGUAGGAUUCCAGUCUCAUCUGAAUUCAUGGUGCAAAUGCUAACAGGGAUUUAUUAUGCCUUUUAUAAUGGAGAAUGGGAUCUGGCUCGUAAAGCUAUGGAUGACAUUUUGUAUAGAGCACAGCUGGAACUGUAUCCAGAACCUCUACUGGUUGCUAAUGCAAUAAAAGCUUCACUGCCUCAGGGUGCCAUGAAAUCUAGUAAAGAAGGUACAAGAUGCAUUCAGGUUGAAAUUACACCUACUUCAUCCAGAAUAUCAAGAAAUGCUGUGACUAGCAUGUCAAUUCGAGGGCAUAGAUGGAAAAGGCAUGAACAACCAGAGAAUGGUAAUGAUGCUACUGAAUUGGGCAACUUUAUCAUACCUGAGAUUAGUGUCACAAGUGUGGCUGGAGAGAGGACCGGGAAUGGGGAAAAGAGCAGAGCACUAGCAGAGAAUGAUGUUCAGCAUUUGCAGGGAGUACAGGAAACAGCUACAGAUCCUAGAACUGACAGCAAAGGCAUGCCAGAAAUCAGGAGGCAAAAAUCUGUAAUACUGAUGUAGCCAUUCAAGAAGAACUGAUAGAAGUAUCUGAAACUGAUGAAGGGUUUUACUCUAGGGCUACUUCUAGUACAAGUCAGUCUGCCCUAUCUAACAGCAGCAGCACGAGCAGUAAGAACCUUUUAGGGAAGAGUCAACGAAGGUCUGGAGGAAGCAAAGCUGGAGGAAAAGAAAAAGAAGGAGAAACCUGCAGAGAACACUUGUCACGAAAACAGACUCAGAGAGCCAUGAGUGAGAAUCUAGAGCUUGUCUCUCUGAAGAGACUGACACUGACAACUAGCCAGUCCCUGCCUAAGCCUGGCAGCCAUAGUCUGGCCAGAACGACCACUACCGUGUUUAGUAAAUCCUUUGAACAGGUCAGUGGUGUCACAGUUCCAAAUAACCGUGGUGGGGUAUCUGGUACAGAGGCGAACAGGUUUUCGGCUUGCAGUCUUCAGGAGGAAAAAUUGAUAUAUGGAACAGAAAGAAUGGAUCUUCCCAUUUUAAGCAAACAACCUAAUCAGCAGCGACCUCCUAGUAUUAGCAUAACUUUGUCAACAGAUUGAUAUUAAAUUGGCAAGUAUGAAAAAAUAAAAUAUUGAGGGUUCAUGCUGAUGUUGGUACAUUGGUACAUUAAGCCCCUUAAUAUGCUACACAUUACUUAAACCUCAAGCCUGUAAAUUCUUAUUUGGCUCACAUUUGACAGUAAUGGUGAAUAGACAACAGUUAUAAUUAUUUUGCGUCAACUUCUAAUAGCUUGGAAAGUUCCUCUUUGACUUACUGUAUUUAUGCACCUGAUUGCUUAUGGCUUCAUGUGAAGUUUACACCAGUUUAACAAGCAUUGAUUGGCUGUUCAGCUGCUGACCAAAUGUGUGUUUUUUUACAAAUGCACAGUGCGGGAACAAAUAGAGCCUCUUUCCCAGAUUCUACUUUUUCACUGCCACUUGGCAUAGGCAAAACUGCAAGUGCUUGUUUUAGUUAAGAGGAGUCUCGCAGUAUGGGCGUGAAAUUUUGGAACAGCAUUGUAAGAACAAACAUUCUCUUACGUUAGCCAUGAGAAAGCUGUGCUUAUGUGUAAGAUUAAAACUAGAAGCAUCAGUUCAGUGUUUGAUGUUAUGGCAGUUUUUGUAAUGGUAGUUGGUACACAUUGCAAUGUUCAUAUUCUUUAUGCCUAUAUGAGUCUGAAUUAUAGAUGCAUUUUGAUUUUUUCUUUGCAUCUCAAAUUGGGCCAAAAGCCAUACAGCAGCAGUACUUGCAGAUAGGAGUUCUUAUCAGUUGCUAUAGUAGUCACUCUUUACACUUAAAAUUGUGUGGCAGACUCUGUCUUUCUUUCAGAUUGUUAAAUAUCAGGCACAAAACUACUCAUUGAAAAGUCGCUAUUAUCAGUAUUUGUAUGAUUUAUGGGGAAGAAAUGUGCUAAUGUAACAAUGUUAUGUAGGAAACAAGGUAUGAGCUCUUUGCACUGACUCAAGCAAAUCAGGAGUGUGAAUGUGUUUAACGUGAGCUUCUUACUUGAGACUAAGAGAAUACUACCAAAGGAUGUGUACUUUCAGUAACUUGCAAGCACAAAGGGAAAUUAUAAUGUAAAUAUAACUAGCACUGUAAUUCCUAGUCUUUUAUAUCUGUUAUUUUUCUAGUUUGAAAUUCUAAACCAGGGGCCUGUUCAAGGUUACCUAACCUUUAACCUUCAGUUAGUCUGGUGACCUUGUUUGAUACCGACUUUUAUAACAUUAAGACUUUAAUGGACAUUAAAACUUCUUACACAGAACUUUGGAGAAGCAAUAGCUGACAAAACCACUCCAGUAGCAGUGAUUAGCUGAUAAACAGACAAUAUAUUAUUAUGAGUGGAGAAAUAAGAUGAAGAUCUAAGGCAUAGUCGUGCCCAACAUAGUCAUGUCCGGAUUUCUGCAGCUAGUGAUCCCUUAUUGUCAAGAACCUUGUAACAAAAUGAACACUAAAAUUCUAGACUUUCCUACUUGCCUGGAGAUAAGUUUAGCUAUCCCUUUUUGACUUAAACUGAAGCACAAAUAGAUUUUGAGCAGCUAAUGUUAUUCAGGUUUAUAGUGAUUAAUAAGCUGAUUAAUUAACGAAAAGAGAUGAGGAGACAUAGUUGAUAGGGACAACUUAAUUGUAUAAUUCUACUUCUAAGACUGCAGACUAGAUGUGUACAUUUCUUAAUAUUCACCAAAGUCUGUGGAGUAGCUGCAUCAGUCUGUAGAUGUUUGUCUUCACUUGAGAACCUGAGUUUAAAUGAAUGUGCCAUACUUUCUCAUUCUUCAGGUUUUUGUGUGACACCAUUCUGUUCUAGUAACGCAGUAUUUCACCUUUUUACAGGGAAGUUUGUUCUAAAUUGUACAUGAAAACUUACAUUCCUAAUGUAUAAACUACAAGUUUGUCCUGUUUAGUGUUUAAUACUUUGGCCAGUGAAAUAAACUGGUUCUUUGAAGUUGUAUGUUUUUGUAAACACUUUGUACAGCAGAAAAUGUUGCCUCUUUUUUACAGGUUUUUCUGCAAUACACAUUAGACAGCGCAUUUGUUUCAGAUUGGCUAAUACAUGUUGCUGCUGGAGCACGCAUAACCACCAGCAAUAGAAGGGCUUUAGGCAGCUGAUAGCAGAGGCUGGCUAGCACUACACAUACUGAAUGGAGAGCUCUUCCUUCCCUUGACCUUUGUUCUAGGUGUUACAAAGAAAUAACCGGCAGAAUUUACAGCUGCCUCAUGAUCCGCACUUAAGAAUACUUUGGAAACACUUUACAGUAACUUAAAUUGAAACAUAAACUAGAAUAGAUCUAUAAAAUUGCAAUUGGCAAAUGUUUGUUGUGACUGUAUUAGUUGUGAGUUAGUGUUAAGGGACUAGAAUUUUUAAGUAAUUCUACUGGUUUUGUUUUGUUUCAUUUAGUUCAUGAUUGUUUCAGUUAUCUCCUCAGUAGAUGCUCUUUCAAGCUGGGCGUUGGUAUAAACGAUGUUUAUUGUACUGGGAAGAUUUAGUCACUUUAGCUAUAAAUAAUUAGAAUUUCAAAGGAUCUAAAAUGCCAUAAAAUGUAGAUAUGUAACAUAAUGUUUGCAAUACUUGUUGGCUACAAGUCAGUGUUACAGUAAAGUUAGUUUAUCAUUUUAUCCAAUUAAUUAUUCUAACUGUGGUUUGGCCUGAAGCCAAGACAUCGGCUCAUAUUGAUACAACUGAAACUACAUAAAGCUUCAUACUUUUUUGAGAAAAUGAUGUAAGGUUCUUGGUACUAAAAGCUGCGGUUUCCACACAUAAGUGGCUUCAUAUAAAUAUGUGUGUAUUGGUCUCUAGAGCAACUUACACAAUGAGCGUGUUUUUGUGAACUGACAUCACACCUUGAUACUGAUCAAGUCUAAAGAAUUUCUUUCCUGAUGUGAGUAAUAAAACUUUCAGUUGUGCUUCUUUCUUUUCUUAAAAAUGGGAAAAAAAAAAAAAAAAAGCAGGAGAGGGAGGGCAGAAUUAUUUGUUGUCCAAAUAUCUGUGGUGCAGGAUUGGGGCAUGGGGAGGAGAGGGAAAGAGGGAAAGUAGGGCAGGAAGCAUAUAGAUUAAUUCUUUCACGAUAUCUCAAAAAUUGUCAGGCUCUUGGGUUUUGAGCAUUGUCUGAUCACUUUAGACUGAUGAAUGAAAAAUAUAUAUUAAAGAAGUCUUCUAACAGUGUAAGGAAAACCUAUUAAUGCAUCCCAUAUUGUAGUCUACCCAGGAGUGGGUAGAUCUGAUGAGUGCACUCCAAACAUCACACACGGCUGCAAUGUUCUGCAGGCAGAAUGUUAUGUAGGAGUGAAUCAUCUCAAGUUAUAACAAGAUGGGUUGUUUUAAUGCUGACAUUUACAACUGACCUUACUGUUCUAAAUCAAAGGACACUGUUCCCAAUGAUGGCUUUGAGCAGCAACACUUUUAAAACUCUGUUGGAGCAGAGAAUUAUUAUUUGUGUUGUGAGAAUCUGUAACAUUUGUGCAGAAAGCGUAUGGCCUCUAACCACUUGCAAUAGAGCUGCAAUGACUUUUCUGAAGGGAAUUGCCUUGAAUACCUGAUGGAUUUGACAGGUACAGAAAUACUCGGUAUUAGCCACACUUCUCUCUAAGGAGGUCUCUUCUCAUUUCUAUGAGGAUUCUAGAAAUUUCUAACAUAAUUAUUAUGUCUGAUAUCUUUUGUCAGUGUUUGAGGCUUACAGUGCUGUAUAUAGGUGUGUAAUAUAUUGCCUUUUGUAUUCGUAUAAUUCUACUUCUGUUACUAGCUGUGUACAUUUCUUAAUAUUGACCAAAGUCUGUGGAAUAGCUGCAUCAGUCUGUAGAUGUCUGUCUUCACCUGAGAACCUAAGUUUAAAUGAGUGUGCCACACUUUCUCAUCUUCUUCAGUUCCUUCUGUGAGACUGUUCUGUGUUUUUGUAACACGGUAUUUCACCUUUUUUACAGUGAAGUGUUCUCUUAACUGUACAUGAAAACUUACAUUCCUAAUGUAUAAACUACAAGGUUGUCUUGUUAGCUGUUUAAUAAUUUGGGCAGUAAAUUAAACUGGUUUUUUGAAGUUGUAUACUUUUGUAAA